AUGGAAGCCAGACUUACGCGAAAUCAGCAAUAUCCAGACCGUCCAAACGAAGGCGAGCCGCUGAAUGUCAUUAUUUCUAAUACCUCUUCAGCUGAUAUACUCAAGCCUGAAAGGUUCUUGAUCUGGGCUACCGCUCUUGGAUUUGGCGUCUCUUGCCUAGGACAGGGCGAUCCACAGACCAUCAUGUAUGCAGACCUAGGGUAUCUGAAUCACCACGUAAAGCAAGGCUCUGCAUCUGGUAUGAAUGGUGUCUUGCGGUGGAAUUACGGUUCUCCUGAUAUUGGAACAUGUCGAGAAUCCAUAUCGGGUGGCAACCACAUUCGCUGGUUCAGGCAGCGGAUCGGCACGACAACUUCAAUUUUCCUUACGGUUUCGUACGAACAAAGUCUCGCGAAUUUACACAAUCUUCAGAGAGACGGGUACAAUCGGGGGCGUGAUGAUGUCGUGCGGAUAGCAACUCAAGAGAACGGGAUUGAAUGGGAAGGCAAUGUGUUCAACGCCACAGUAAAAUGGAUUGAGGCAGGUCGACUCAUGAAUGCUACUUCAAAAAAUAUUAGCCAUGCUGAAAUGGCAAAUAAGGACCAACCUGUUGUUGAUGGACGCGUGGCUGUGUUGUAUGUUAACACUGUUAAACGAUCCGACGAAGAGCAGCGCAGCGUAGCGGCGCGUUCCUUGCCUGCCAUUUGUUCAUCCAGUUUCCUGUUAACAGUGUCCACUGUGCUAGUUGUAGCAAGCACAUUUUUGUUAUGA